AUGCCAGCCAUGAUCACCAAAAGGCCGGGACUUAUGCAAGUCUCGGUCUCUCGCAGUGCCGAAGAGAAACGAUUAAUCCCUGCCUACUGCAGUAGUCUCGCUCGCCGUGCGAAAGAGCUUGAGAUCCUUCGCAAAAACAUUCUUGUUGAUGCAAAUGGGACUGAACUGGCAUUCGGCAUCCAGACUCGCUUCUCACCCCAUGCUGUGGCCAUUUCAGAUACUCUGUUUUCGCGACUAACUCAACUGCAUACCCUUCUCGGUCGCGUCUUUAUCGAUAUCGUCGAUCGGUGGUUCACUGAUGAAAAGGCUCGUUUUCCGGAACGCAUGCCUUUGGAUCCGUCGGAAGAGUCUCUGCUCAAAUGGAUAGCGUCUAGUGGGCAGAUUCCUGACUACCACGAUCGUGCUGGCUGUUGGCGUAGCGAUAUUCUGUUCGGGCAAAGCCCCGAUGGUGUUUUUGAUGAAGCGCCAUCUAUCUGCGAGAUUAACGGCAGGCUUCCCCUCAAUGGAACACUCGGCAUCAGCCUAGCCACAAAUGGUCUCAAAGAGAUUGGAGCAGCCAAAGGAGGUCUAGAAACACAGAGCGACAUGGAGGAAGCAUAUAAUCGCCUCAUGUCGAUGUAUGACCCUGAGAAGCCGUUAUUUACUGUUCGUGGCGACUGGCCUGGCGCGGACUCCAAGACACUUUCUGGUGCCAACGUCAGUAGAAAUAGGCCUCCAGUUGAAGCCGUGGACCCCAAGAACCUCCAAGUCAGAGAAGACAAACUAUCGCCGACUGGGCUGUCGCUCUGGGACAAGUCUACUGACACUCAUGUGGGACAGUGGAUUAUAGAGAUGCUGCAAGAGGAAUAUGCUACGUUGGAGCCAGCGGUGGCCCAACAGCUAGCCUGCUCACCUUUGAACGAUCUUCGCACUGUCUUUAUAGUUCACGACAAGAGGCUUCUGGGUAUCAUACCGGAAGAACUUCCCGGCAUGGUCACCCGGGGGGUGCUGACGGCCGAGGAAGCCGGGAUUGUGGCUGCUGGGAUUGCCCACACUAUAAACCCCGGAUCUGAAGGCCUGCAAACUUUGAUCAAGGAAUCAGAGGCCAAUCCUGACGUAAGGACAGGGUACAUCUACAAGCCUUGUCGGGACGGUAUGGGACAUGGCAUUGAGCUUGGCCGCAACAUGACGCAGGAAGCCUGGCUGGAGCGCCUGAAGAAGCUCGCUACCCCAGACGUCCUGCGCCCGCACGAUCAUGCAGCAGUGAUUCAAAAGCUUGUCGACCACAAAUGGUACGACAUGGUUCGUCAUGAAGUUGCGAGCGACGAUGGUGCAAAGCCAAACAAGUUUCAUAUCAUUGGAUCCUUUUUCAUGUUUCACAACCAGAACUAUUACGCUGCUCCCUGGCGCAUGGGUCUAGAGACGCAUCUGGGUAUCACUGGUGAUAAGCCGGGUGUCGUGAUGGCCAUGGUUCGUCAGCCAGACUGGCCAGUCGGCUAUGAUCAAGAGGAAGAGCCAUGA